CUCAACCCAACAUGGCGAUGCAUAACAAGGCGGCGCCGCCGCAGAUCCCGGACACCCGGAGGGAGCUGGCGGAGCUGGUGAAGCGGAAGCAGGAGCUGGCGGAAACUCUGGCAAACUUGGAAAGACAGAUCUAUGCUUUUGAAGGAAGCUAUCUGGAAGAUACUCAGAUGUAUGGCAAUAUUAUUCGUGGCUGGGAUCGAUAUCUGACAAAUCAGAAAAACUCCAAUAGCAAAAACGAUCGAAGGAACCGGAAGUUUAAGGAAGCUGAGCGACUCUUCAGUAAAUCCUCAGUUACUUCAGCAGCUGCAGUAAGUGCAUUGGCAGGAGUUCAGGACCAGCUCAUUGAAAAGAGGGAGCCAGGAAGUGGGACAGAAAGUGAUACUUCCCCAGACUGCCACAAUCAGGAAAACGAGCCCAACCAGGAGGACCCCGAGGAUCUGGACGGAUCUGUGCAGGGAGUGAAACCUCAGAAGGCCGCUUCUUCCACUUCCUCAGGGAGUCAUCACAGCAGCCAUAAAAAACGAAAGAAUAAAAACCGGCACAGCCCGUCUGGCAUGUUUGAUUAUGACUUUGAGAUUGAUCUGAAGUUAAACAAAAAACCACGAGCUGACUAUUAGAAGACUCAUUAGUACAGAAGCUUCCAGGUUAUAGAGCCCUGCUUCCCUUAUCCGACCUCACAAAGAUAGACACCUCACCUGAGUGCGUGGUCAUCUACAUCUGCUCUCCCCGACCCAGUGCCUGUGACUCUGAGUCAUUUGUUCUCAAAAGUGGUGAUGAAGUCAUUUCUGUAAGACCACAUCGGAUCAUUUGCGUUAUGUCAUUUUUAAUAACAGAACUGCAGGAAGAUCAAGAAGACAUGGUUGUAACCCCAGCAGGUUGCUAACUGCGUGUGUGUCUGCCUUCCUGGAAUGAAACCUGCCCCCAGAGGGGUUGGUGUCAGCUGCAUCAGUGAUACCCAUCAGAAAUGCUGGCUGGCUUUGUUUUAAGCCGCAAGUAGAACACAAGUUGUAUUUCAGAUGGAGGCUGUAAAUAUCUGGCAUUUUCUUUGUGUUUUAUUAUUUUUCUAUUGUUGUUUUUACCAUCUUAUUUUCUUUUGGGACUU